UUAUCGAAUAAAAAAAUACCGUGACGAGUCAUCCUACCUAUUUGCCACAAUACUAACCAUACCAAACUUACUCCAAUUAGGUACAAACUUUGUUUUGCAAAAGAUGCUAUUACAAUAAAAUGAAUAUUUUUACAGUCUUUCCUACGGCUUUUUGUCUGUUUCUUCUGGUGAAAAGUGAAGAGUAUAUCACAGCUAAAGUGAAGAAGAGAUACACAAUUGUAUCGAGUCCAUACUAUUAUCUUCCUAUAACUCGCAAGACUAUUUAUUCUAUUAAUACUAGAUUAAAAAAAAAUGUCUUCGGUAUUAGAGGAACGACAAUAGAAAUAGUAAUAGCGAAUUCAAAUACAGUUUUUGUGCAAAAAUAUGUUUUAAAUGAUACAAUAGUGAUGGAAACUGGAAUGAUUUGUGCAUAUCAAUCAGGUGCAUGCGACGAUCUGAAUAAUUACUCCAGAUUUGAAUGGACCAAUAAAACAAUGAUGAGCGCUCCAGAAAACACGGCUUGCCUUCAAAAUAUGAUGGACUUUCCUUUAUUCAGAGGAAUGGUUGAAGAAUGGACCGUUAGUUAUAACCCGUUGGUGAAAUUUUUGAUAUUAGAUGUUAACAAUACUAAAAGAGUUUUAAAUCUGGUUAACAUGAAAAACAUCUGCGAUAGUUGGUUAUGGACAACUGACCAGGAUAAUGUGUUUGUGUUUGAAUCUGAGGAUAGUUUACCAAACAUUACCAGCAAUUUUUCUUUUGCAAAGGAUUUCAAAAUUUUAGAGAACACUUCACAAUUUAGUCAAGAGAAACUCUCUACUAAAUGUGGCGAUGGUUUUGAGAGUAAUUUACUAAUUAAUAAUACUUUAAAUACAAUAUCAUCUUGUAUUCAUAUUAUAUUGUAUCUUAUAUUAUAUUUAAUUAUUUUUUUAACUUUCCGUUUUGUUGUUGGUAUAAUAACAAAUUUUAUACUGCUUGCCAGGAUUAACCGAACGAAUUUGAUGGAGUUACUAGUCUUAUCUUGUUCACAGAACUUAACUAACCAAAAGAUAUUUUUCAAAGAACCAGAAAGUGUCAAAAACCUCUAUGCUAUUGCCAAAUCCUGUGAAGCUGUCUAUGAGUCAGCGGAAAAUCAAUAUUAUAGAAAAUAAAGUUGUACCUAUUUGGCUUUAAAAGUAAUAUAAGUUAAUAUAAUA